ACAAACAUCGAUCAGUGUGUAGUGUGCGCGGAGUGUCGCAUUGUGGUCAGUGAGCCAAGUGUUUCCCUUCUGCAUUAAGCUGGAUAAGACAGGAAGACCCCACGUCCACGGCCCUCAGCAUGAAGGGGAGCCAGUUCACCCUGAAGGAGACACGAGCUGAGCGUGCUCUGACGAUCCAACUGGCCGGGCCUGCUACGACGGAGCAUAGAAUGUGCGCGGCGUGCUCUGAACCAAUCACCGACAAGUACCUGCUCCAAGUGAACGGUCGCUCGUGGCAUUCGCACUGUUUGCGCUGCUGUGUGUGUCAACUUGCGUUGGACAGAGAUCCCUCAUGCUUUAUCAAGGACGACAGUAUAUACUGCAAGACCGAUUAUGCCAAAAGUUUCGGCGCCAAGUGUUCCAAGUGUUGUCGCGGUAUCUCUGCUAGUGACUGGGUACGCAAGGCGAGGGAUCACGUGUACCACCUGGCGUGCUUCGCUUGUGACUCCUGCAAGAGACAGCUGAGUACGGGUGAGGAGUUCGCCCUGCACGAGGACCGUGUACUCUGCAAGGCGCACUACCUAGAGAUCCUGGACGGGGGCAGCACCUCUUCGGACGAAGGUGGGGAUCCCGAAAACUUCCACAAGAACAAAGCGAAGAGAGUUCGGACAACUUUCACAGAGGAGCAGUUGCAGGUGCUACAGGCAAAUUUCCAGCUGGAUUCGAACCCGGAUGGACAGGACCUGGAGCGCAUCGCGCAGAUUACGGGACUGACUAAGAGGGUCACUCAGGUGUGGUUUCAGAACUCGCGGGCUCGGCAGAAGAAACACCUCCACACAGGCAAGAUGAAGACUCAGAUGCACCACGCCCAAGCCCCACUGUCAAGGGACUCUGACUCGAACACGUUCAGCCGCCACAUCAACUUGCACCUCACAUACUCGUUCCAGUCACAGCAGUCCGGCAAGACUGCCAUCUUCGUUCCCCGCGUCCAAGACACGUCGAUGGAUGAGCUGUCACAAGACUCGAUGGUGCCAACCUGCAUGAGAGGAGAGGUAUGAGACGAGGCCUCCACGUCGGCUGCAGCCUGUGACCAUCCCGAUGUUAGUGAGUGAAUGCAGCUGGUUGUUGAAGGUCAAAGAUGAACAGCGUAAUUCCGCAUGUUCAUUGUAACGGUUUAAAUUAUGUGCUUCUUAAAAUGUUGUGUUGAAUUUCUAUGAACGUUAUAUAAGAAUGUGUGUGUGUGUGUACCAGCGUGCGUGCGUGUAUAUAUGGAAUUCCUGAGUACGGGGUCAUUCAAAAUACCCAUACCAAUUUAUCGAUUAAUUUGUAUAAAAUUAUAUCGCGCAGAACAGAAUGAUUCUUGAUUUCUGUAACGACUAUUUUGAGUCAUGUGGUUAUAAAUAAUGAAAAAUUAUGAAUUGGAUUUAACAUGGAAAUGAGUAGUUGUGAUUUAUUUAAGCAUUUUCCCGGAGGCUAGAAGAAAACAGGAAAAAGAUCAGUCGGAAGGGUCGUUCUUCUGCCAAGAUCGAAACCGGCGACUUUUCGAUUAUGAAGCAAGAUUGCCAACCACUGCACCGCGGAAACAAGACGAAGCAGAACUUGGGAGUGAGAAGCCUUCGCCGUUUAACUUCUUUUCCGGCCAGGAAUCCGGUCCAGAAAUUCAUUUCCACCGAAAGAUUUGAUUCCGGAUCGUGCUGGGUUCACUGGGGUGAACGUGUCGUUAUGGCAACCAGAACUAGCUGUGCACGCCUCGCUGCCGGUGGACUCAUUAACUUUUGUUGGAGACGUGAGUUCCUCUACUUAAACAGCAUCCCCUCGACUGGAGACACACAACUCGAUGGAAGUUCAAAAAUGUUACAGGAUGAACAUACGAAAAGCUCACGAUUUGUACUGACAUAAUGGAGACAAUUUCGGCUUCAAGUAGCUAAGUAGCUGAAGACGACUCUCUACUAGGAUGUUGCGUCUUGAAUAUUGAGGCAGCAAGCGACUCUCAGACACAGAUAAACUACCAGAUUGCACGGCGCCAUAUCCAAGAAGAUAAGUCAUCCUCAUACUCGCCGCCAUGUGAACUUGAAAUAUCAGAAAAUCUAAAAAUGUAUAAAGUGAAGAUUUCGCGGCUACUAAAGUUGAUGAAAGAUUCUUGGGUUACAAGCCGCGUCAGAUGGCUGAAUAGUGAAUAAACCAUAUCUACUGUCAACGUUUCGAGAGAAACCUCUGCCCUCAUCCUCAGGGCAAGCAAGAGUUACAAAUCUGUUAUUGUAAGACAUCAAGGGAAGAGCCCACUUUUGAAACCUAUGCGUAGAUGGACCUGUUAUGUUAAAAUAUAAUAUAUCUUACAGGACUAGGGGAUAUACCAGGGGUUUAUACCUUUUUUAUAAAAUAACUUGUAUUGAUAAACAGUGAUACGAGGACCGGGAGUUAGUAUUACAUACACGACAUCAAAAAACGAGAAUAUUAUUAUGACUAUUAUGUUAUACAUUUAUUGAAAUAAGGAAUGGCAAUAUUUUCAAUGUUAGAAAGAUUUAUAGAUUUUAUAACUAAGGGUCUGGAUAUCCACGUACGUAUUUUAAUUUUCUUAAAUAUUUUAAUAAUUCGAUAUUUCAAUAAUUGUAAAUAAAAUAUGAAUACGAUAGGCACCAUUAUACUACAAUGUGUGAGAUAAUAAGCAUUAGUAUGGGGGACAAUAUAAAUUAUGUAUUGUCUGCAAUAACAACUUUAUUUAAUCUUGUGCCUGUUAAUUGUAACUACACGGUAGUAUGAGAAAUUACAAGAUUGUACGUUGUAAUUAACUUGUCAUAAUAAAUGCGUUUCACUGAAA